AAGAUCGUCGACCCGCUCGACCCGUCGCGCAUCGUCCCCAUCGGCGAGCGCGGCGAGCUCGCCGCCUCGGGCUACCUCGUCAUGAAGGGCUACUUCGGGGACCCCGAGCGCACCGCCCAGGUCCGCCGCACCGAGCCCGACGGCCGCACCUGGCUCUACUCGGGCGACGAGGCCGAGAUGGACGCCGACGGCUUCGUCCGCAUCACCGGCCGCAUCAAGGACCUCAUCAUCCGCGGCGGCGAGAACAUCCACCCGCUCGAGGUCGAGAACUGCCUCUUCCAGCUGCCCGGCGUCCAGGAGGUGUCCGUCGCCGGCGUCCCCGACGAGCGCCUGGGCGAGGCCGUCGCCGCCUUCAUCAUCCCGCGGGCGGGCUGGACGGCGACGCGCGAUGCCGAGCACGACGGCGACGAGGCCGCGCGGCGGCUGACCAAGGAUCGCGUGCGCAGCUGGGUGCGCACCAAGCUGUCGAGCCACCUGGUGCCCAAGUACGUCUUCUGGGUCGACGACUAUCCCAAGACGGCGAGCGGAAAGAUUCAGAAAUUCAAGUUGCAGGACAUGGCAAAGAAGCAGCUUGCGGACGGGUUAUAA